AUGCUAAGUCUUCAAAUUCAUGAGGGUGGAAAGAGACACAAGGAUAAUGUUGCCAAGAAAAUAUCUGAGCUUCGGAAGAAGGGGAAGAAAGAAUUUAAAGCUCAGAAGAAAUUUGAAGAUGACAUGCAAAAGAUGGAGGAGGCAGCAAUGGCAGCAGCCAAGAAGGACAUGAUGAAUAACCCAGAUCUAGCUAGGAGCUAUAGCUUGGAUGCACUAGGAGACAUAAUUCCAGCUCCCAAAAAGAAAAGUCCUCCACCUCAAGUAGAGAAGUCUCAACCAACCAAUAGCAAAAAAGUAAUGAUUGAGAAGGAGACAAAAAUGGCAAGAAAAUGUGAGUUGACACUGGAGGAUGCCUCUGGUGAUUCAGCAGCUCAGAUAACUGACUUCACAGGACAUUGGUAUGAAGCUGUUUCUUCAGAAGGAUAUACCUACUACUGGAAUGACAUCACUCAUGAUCAGCAGACAAAGGAUGGGAGUCAAGUCAGAGUUGCUAAAAAUACGACUAAUGAUGAAGGCACCACUAUGGAACAACCCAGGGAAGGAGCAAAUGAAGGAAGACUCAAAGCUGCUGAAUUGCAGUCAUUUGCUCCCCAGUUUACUAGUGGGGCUCCAUCAAUCAAGUUUCGGGAGAAAAAAAUGCGACCUGGCUCCAUCUUGGAACAAUUCAAAAAGCGAAAACUUGAAGAAGAGCACAGAAAAACCUUCCGAAGGAAAGUGGAGGAUGAGGAAAAUGAUGAAUUGCCAUAAGAACAAUCUGCAAUUUGCCUGACUCAAAUUUUCUAUGGGAGUGCUCCCUAGAAAAAAAGAAAAUUGUUUAAGAGUGUAAAUGUUGAAAUCUGUGGAUAUUUCCUUGUAGAUAUCAAUGAAAGUGAAUGUGGACUGGAAGGCAUUCAAAAGUUCUG